CAACCCUUUCUAUUUCCCAUGCAUUUCUCUAUUAAGCUAUCCAUUGUCUAAUCUAUCUUUCCCCUUGCUCUCAACUCCAUAAUCUUCCUUGCGAUAGUCUGUCUAGGUGUCUGUCUGUACGUCUGUCCGGUGUCGCUGGGUAGUAGCCGACUCUAACCCAUUAACAUCCAGUCACUUUGGUUCCUCUCUGUGUCGCGCUGAUGCGUAGAAAUCAUGCAAAACUAUUAAUAUUAUUCUGGGUUAUCAGUCCCCUUUAAGCCACUCCCUAUCUUAAGUGGUAGGUUUUUUUCUUGAUCUCUCUCUCUCUCUCUCUCUCUCUCUCUCUCUCUCUUUUUCUGACUUUUAAUUGUCUAGUUUAAUGAUUCCUUUUUUGGUUAUUAUUUUACUUUCCUUCUAUUUCUCUAUUCUUCUCUCUUUCAUCUUCAAUUGAAAUUAGUAUUGUUUUUUUUUCUCUCUCUCUCUCUCUCUCUCUCUCUCUCUCUCUUUCAUGCACUUCUUCCUCUUCUUCUUAAUCUCUCCUAUGUCUUUCAUCUUCUCUUUCUCUCUUCCAUGCACUACUUCAUCAAAAUUAUUCUUCGUUCUUCUUUCUCUCUCUUUCUCUUAACCAAAUAUUAACUUUAUCUCCUAAUUCUUCUUCCAUUUAUCUCUCUUUCCCUUCAUCUUCUGUAGUCAAACCGCUCUCUGUAUCUCUAUUCUUGUCUUUUUUAUUAUUAUAUAUAUUCGUAAUAAUUAUAAUAACAAGCAGUUGUGAUGAUACCUAUUAAUAUAAUGAUGUGUCCUUUACAAUAAACAUAUGAAAAAAAGGUAGACUCAUGUAUUUCUAUUCCUUAAACCUCACUGGUGGAUGCUGGGAAAGGUUGAAUCUCACUGGUGGAUGCUGGGAAGGGUUGAAUCUCACUGGUGGAUGCUGGGAAAGGUUGAAUCUCACUGGUGGAUGCUGGGAAAGGUUGAAUCUCACUGGUGGAUGCUGGGAAGGGUUGAAUCUCACUGGUGGAUGCUGGGAAAGGUUGAAUCUCACUGGUGGAUGCUGGGAAGGGUUGAAUCUCACUGGUGGAUGCUGGGAAAGGUUGAAUCUCACUGGUGGAUGCUGGGAAAGGUUGAAAUCUCACUGGUGGAUGCUGGGAAAGGUUGAAUCUCACUGGUGGAUGCUGGGAAAGGUUGAAUCUCACUGGUGGAUGCUGGGAAAGGUUGAAUCUCACUGGUGGAUGCUGGGAAGGGUUGAAUCUCACUGGUGGAUGCUGGGAAAGGUUGAAUCUCACUGGUGGAUGCUGGGAAAGGUUGAAUCUCACUGGUGGAUGCUGGGAAAGGUUGAAUCUCACUGGUGGAUGCUGGGAAGGGUUGAAUCUCACUGGUGGAUGCUGGGAAAGGUUGAAUCUCACUGGUGGAUGCUGGGAAAGGUUGAAUCUCACUGGUGGAUGCUGGGAAAGGUUGAAUCUCACUGGUGGAUGCUGGGAAAGGUUGAAUCUCACUGGUGGAUGCUGGGAAAGGAUGAAUCUCACUGGUGGAAAAUAUACGUGUUACCCUUGAAAGUCGUGAUGGAAGAAAACGAAAGAUCUUUUGAUAUAACUAAAGUAAUUUUGAGCCCAGACCAAACCAGACAACUUGUACUCUUUUUUUUUUUCUUUUCGUACUUUGAUUCUAUUUCUCUGUUUCCAUUCUCUUAUAUUUCUUGUUUUAUUUAUUUAUAUUUAUUUUCCUUUUCUUUUCAUUUAACUUAUUUUCUUCUGAUCGUUAUAGGAAGUUCAGUGCAGAAAAUAGCUUGGAUCGAUAGGCCUUAGCAUCACAACCUCCUUCUCGACCUCCAAAGUCUCCUCCACACUUCCUCUUCAACCUUCAAACUUCCUCAUCGACCUCAAAAACCACCUCUUCGACCUCCAAAGUCUCCUCUAUAUACUUCCUCUUCAACCUUCAA